AAGACCUUCACGUGAUCACAGUUGUGUGAGUUUUACAAGACACCGGUUGAAAAGUCAAAAUGGGAAAUUUCCAAGUUUUUCUUUCGAUUUCACUCGUCUCUGUUGUGUUUGCAGACUCCACAUUAAGGCUUGUCAACUUGGUGUACAGGCAUGGAGAUCGAAGUCCGGUUGUUAUUUACCCUAAAGACAUCAAUCAGGUGGAUAAAUGGCCACAAGGAUUAGGAUGGCUUUCAAAGUUGGGAGAACAGGAGCAGUACAGAUUAGGUCAGUGGCUGAAGGACCGCUACAUGAGUACAGGCUUCAUGAACAAUACAUAUAGGAGAGAGGAGAUCCUGGUACAUAGCUCUGAUGAGGAUCGCUGCCUGAUGAGUGCGUACAGUAACCUGGCAGGGCUUUAUCCACCUGAUGUUGAUCAACAAUUUAACCCAGCUAUAAAAUGGCAACCAAUACCAGUCUUUACAAGACCAAAACCUGAGGAUAAUAUGUUAAAUAUGGGUGAGUAUUGCCCACGAUACAAUGACCUGCUGCAGCAGACGCUGUCAUCACAUGCUGUCACUGAGGAGGAGAUUAAAAAUAAGCCAUUUUAUGAGUUCCUUGGCAAAAUGACUGGGUUUGAUCAUGAGAACAUUAGUAAUAUCUGGCAGAUAGCUGACACAACAUAUUGUGAGAAAGCUCAUGGUAUGAACGUAAGUUCAUGGAUCAAUGACACAGUAUUUCAAAAAUUACGAGAGCUUGAGGCGUAUCAGUUCACGCUUUUGUUUUACACACCUGAAAUGAGUAUGCUUAAAGGAGGUCCCUUGUUAAGCCAGUUCAUAAAGAACAUGAACAAUAAGAAAACCCUGAAGACUCUUAAAACAAAGAUGUUUAUGUACUCAGCACACGACACAACAGUAGCGGCACUAUUAUCUGCCCUUGGCUUGUAUGACAAGAAGAGCCCGAUGUACACAGCUACAGUUAUUGUGGAGCUUCACGAGAAACCAGCUAACAAUUACUAUGUUAACAUAUUCUACAAAAAUGUCACUGAUAAUUCCACAGCUUAUAAACUGACACUACCAAAGUGCACGGCUGACUGUCCGUUAGAUGAUUUUAUAAGAUUAACACAGUGGGGUGUACCAACAGACUGGUUAAAGCAAUGUGGCUUACCACCAGGUGAUACCCCUUCAGGUUCAUCUACAUUAACCACAGGUUGGAUUGUUGCAAUUGCCCUUGGAUGUGUGCUGUUUAUUUUUGUCAUUGCCACCAUUGCAUGUUUUGUCAGAAUGAAGCGGAAAAACAACCCAUUCCAGUUUGGAAAAUUGGAAGUAUCUUCAUAGAGGGAAUUUUGUUUUCUGUUUUUCUGCCUUGUGAACAACUUUGACUACUAUAUGCAAUACUUGAUUCAUUGAAAUACAUGUAAAUGAUACCAUAUUUAAGAUAAGUUAAAGAACACUCCAUCAUUUAAAGCUACACAGUUCAAGAUUGGAUUGUUUUUCAGUUCUACUAGUAUUUAUAAUGAGAAAACGAUGUAAAGUGUACAAAUUUUUAAUUUUGUGAUUUAACCAAGCUUAAACCACUUAAUAUUUACAGAAAAGACUUUAAUAUAUCAAACUAUGCAGAAAUGUGUUAUUCUGCUUUUAACUUGGUAUAAUUUUGUGUUGAAAAUAGUAAAUUCUGUCAUAUUUGAUCA